AGGGGGUAAAGUGAUAUCGAGCCAAAGUAAAAGGGCGGAAAGUGGAAUAUAAUUUACCCAUAAAUAAACUACAAAUUUGGGGAGAGGAGCCGACAACCAGUGAACUGUAUCUGCAGAGUACUACAGACUACAGACACAAAACACAUUAUAAAAUGGCUAACCUAUUGAACUGCAGUCUUCUCCUUUUCUUCCUCCUCACCCUCUCUUUAUCUCCGCCGUCCGCCGCCGAGCCUCCGCCGCAGCCGCCGUCCACCGCGUGCAAAACGACCCUGUACCCGAAGCUAUGCCUCUCCAUACUGUCCGCAUUCCGGCAGUCCCCAUCAAAUCCGGACAACUACGGAAAGUUCUCCGUGAAACAGUGCAUGAAACACGCCCGCAGGUUGUCCGACACCAUCUCCCGUUUCCUCUCCACCAACACGAAGGAGAAGUCCCUGAUGGGCUACGCGGAGAUCGCCGCGCUCGACGACUGCCGCCACCUCCAGCAGCUCAACGUCGACUACUUGGGCCUCAUCUCCGGCGACCUCAAAUCUCCGCCGGGAAAUAUGAGCGACGUGCUGGUCGACGGAGUUCGGAGCUUGCUGAGCGCCGUCGUGACGAACCACCAGACGUGCUACGACGGCCUGGCGGAUGCUGGCAGCGGGAUGGCGGACGCGCUGGCUGCGCCGCUUGGAGAUGCGGCGGCGAUGUACAGUGUUGCGCUUGGGUUGGUGGCGCAUGCAUUGGGACGCGGAGGAGGGAGGAGGAGGUGGGGCGGCGGCGGCGGUUAUGGAAAUUAUUUGAGUUGCUUACCAAAUUUCAACACGUAUAAUUAUAUUCAUUAAAAAGAGAGGGUUAACACAUUGUUAUAUGUUUGGAAACAGGUUUUGCUAGUGCCAAAAUUAGGAUCUAAGAAGGCAACACAUCGACUUCUAGGACAAGUAUUAACGGAAAGUGGAAUUCGUAUUAACAACACCGUCACAGUUAGCCCUUACGGUGGGGCCAACUUUUCAUCGAUAAACGAAGCGGUUGCAUUCGCGCCUAAUAACUCGGUAGUUGAUGAUGGCUACUUCGUCAUUUACGCGAGACAAGGUUACUACCAAGAGUACAUUGUCGUGCCCAAAAACAAGAAAAAUAUUAUGUUAAUUGGAGAUGGGAUCAACGCUACUGUCAUUACGGGAAACCGUAACGUUAUCGAUGGCUGGACUACCUUCAACUCCGCUACUUUCGCCGUCUACGGCGAACGCUUCGUCGCGAUCGACAUAACAUUCCAAAACACGGCGGGCCCACAGAAGCACCAAGCAGUGGCCGUGAGGAACACCGCAGACCUCUCCACAUUCUACCGCUGCUCCUUCGAGGGCUACCAAGACACGCUCUACGUGCACUCCCUCCGACAAUUCUACCGAGACUGCAACGUGUACGGCACGGUCGACUUCAUAUUCGGCAACGCGGCCGCCGUGUUCCAAAACUGCAACCUCUUCGCCCGAAACCCGAUGCCCAAUCAAAAAAUCGCAUUCACUGCACAAGGCCGAACCGAUCCGAAUCAAAACACCGGGAUAUCCAUCCACAACUGCAGUAUCCUUCGAGCUAGUAGUACGUCACCGGAUUAUUAUAAUUCGAAUUAUUCUAUUAGUUAUAAUUAUCUCGGUAGGCCUUGGAAAGAGUACUCGAGAACGGUGUACAUGCAAUCGUACAUAGGGGAUUUGAUCGACCCGAUCGGAUGGUUGGAGUGGAACGGGACUUACGGAAUAGAUACGCUUUAUUACGGGGAGUAUGGGAAUUACGGUCCGGGUGCUGGGACGAGUAUGAGGGUGACGUGGCAUGGUUACAAUGUGAUGAAUGCUUCUCAAGCUUUGAACUUCACUGUGUAUAAUUUCACCAUGGGAGAUGCUUGGUUGCCUUUUACUAGUAUACCUUUCUCUGCAGGAUUGUUGGAGUGAUUUUAAUAUAUAGCUUUGCUAGUUAGCG